UCGUACUAACAAUAAGUCUGUACAUCAUGUUCGGGCGUGCAGCAGCAGUAUUUUUAAUAUAUUUGCCAAGCCUCGUCCUGGCGGUUGGUCAGUGUUCUCGAAGGCCAAUAGUAAAAACCAAAUUAAAAGGUAAUCUGUACGAGUCAGCCAUCUGGACCAACGAAAAAGAGUAUUUAAAGUGCGCUAGAGUAAACUAUCCAAUUAAAAUUGAAGUUGCUGAAACUGAUGCUGCCGCACAAAAAGUACAAUUAACACAGGUAUUGGCAACAGAUAAUAAAUUUUAUGUAGCUGAGCUUACAUGCAGUGAGACAAAGGAUCUGAAAUUUAAGGACACAAUAAUGAUUUAUACAAAGAGAAAAAUGGGCUUAGACCUAAAGCAGCGCAUUGAACACGAUCUGAAGAAGCUUGGAUUUAAGAAGAAACAACUACAGUUGUGCCAUUAAGAAAUCUGAAUUCCGAACUCUAGGCGUUCAUCCAGACAGAUGGACGAAAAUAUUUCAAUCGAUUUCUCUCGUCAAACUAAUAAAGAAUAUAUGAGUAUAUACUUCAAA